UUGACAGCUCAGAUCGAGACAGGUGGUGUGAAUACAUCAUGUAUCGGGGCCUGAUCAGGUUGGGUUAUGCAAGAAUUUCUCAUGCUGAACUGAGUGACUCUGAGAUUCAGAUGGCCAAAUUCAGGAUCCCUGAUGAUCCUGCCAAUUACAGAGACAACCAGAGAGUGGUCAUAGACCACAGAGGACUUCCCAAGAACAUUCAUUUCAACCCCAGAUUUGGCUCCUACAAAGAAGGGCACAAUUAUGAGAACAACCACCAUUUUCACAUGAAUACACCCAAGUAUUUCAUCUGAACCCUUCUAGACAAGAUGUUAUUGUUGACUGGGAGAAAUAUGUACAGCUCAAAGAAGAGUUUAAUGAAGACAGAAGGAUACAUGUGAUGAACCCCAAGAGUUAAAAAGGGUGACAUCGU